AUAAACAUACCUGCUAGGGUUAGGGUUAAGUCACCAAGCGACUAAUACAACGCGCCCCCAAACCCCCUCCUUUUGUGAGCUCCUCAGUAAUCCUUGUUUGGAUGAUUAAAGUACUGAAUAUAUAGAGAGUGCAGAGUACUGUACUUAUUGCUCUCAAACAUCCAAUUACAUCAACACAAAGGCGGACUAGGGUUUUCUGAAGCAUGAAGAAGCGCCAAGUGGUGGUGAAACGAGAUGGAUCGGGGAGGAGCUCAAGUACUUCAUCUUCAAUGGUGAGAACUGUGAGGUAUUGCGAGUGCCAGAAGAAUCAUGCUGCAAAUUUAGGAGGGUAUGCUGUUGACGGGUGUAGAGAAUUCAUGGCAAGUGGUGAGGAGGGGACGACUGAGGCUCUUACAUGCGCUGCUUGUGGUUGCCACAGAAAUUUUCACAGAAGGGAAGUGGAAACUGAGGUUGUUUGUGAGUAUUCUCCACCCAAUUCUUAUGGCGAAUUGUGUACUCAAUAAUCAAAUGAAUCAUGUAUAUAGGGAGAAAAAGGGUCUUGAUUUCUGAAAUUAACUGAUUGUGAAUUGUUCUCGAAUUGUUCAUCGAUAUCAUUGUCAACAGAUAAGUUUCGAUUGAUGUUGUUUACAUGUUCUUGAGAUAUGGUUAUGGCUUCAGAAACUAAUACAUCAUGCUUUGAUUAAGUUUGAAUCUUUUAUUUCCUAUAAGAUUA